AUGGCUGCUCCCAAGGUAAUCGUUCUGGGAAGCCUCAAUGGCGGGCUGCAGCCAGCCUUCACAAAGCUUGCGACGCUCCACUCAAAGAAUAACUUCAGCUUCGCGAUCGUCACUGGUAACCUCUUCGGCGUCGACGACGACACCACGGUCGAUUCCCUUCUGAGCGGCGAGCUCAAGGUGCCCCUUCCCGUUUACUUUACCGUCGGUACUACGCCCCUUCCCCCGCGAAUCUCCGCCAAGAUCGAAGCCGACGAGGAAAUCUGCGAGAACCUUCACUUCCUCGGCAAGCGCAGCAUUACCAAAACUUCGGAAGGAAUCAGGAUUGUCACUCUUGGCGGAAAACUCGAUGCAAGUGUUGUGGGGGGCCAGUCAAAGGAGCAGCAUCUGCCCUACCAUACGGCAGAUGAUGCGAAGUCGCUCAAGGGCGCGAACAAGGCCGAUAUCCUUCUGACAACGGUCUGGCCGGCCGGCGUCUGGGCCGGGUCCAAGGUCGCGCUUGGCUCGGAAAACCAAGCGGCAAUAGAAAGCACAGCGGAACUUGUUGAACUGUGUGCGACACUGAAGCCGCGUUACCACUUCGCCGCUUCUCCCGCCGAAUUCUUCUAUGAGCGCGAGCCCUUCGUUCAUCCCGCUCAGGAAGGCGCAGAGGAUGUCUCCGUCACUCGCUUCAUUUCGAUGGCACCUUACGGCAACUCUGCCAAGGCCAAGGCACUGUAUGCUUUCUCACUGGCACCCAACGAGACCAGCGUCGAGCGACCUGCCAACGCCACCUAUACUCCGUUCAGCCCCAGGAAGCCGAAGAGACGCCCGGAGGGCGACGGUUCCUACAGCCGCUUCGCCAACGGCGACGACGAUGGCCGUCAUCAUCGACGCGGAAACAAGCGCCGUCGCCAUCAGUCUCCCCCACCCGGUCCCGAUCGUUGUUUCUUCUGCUUGAGCAACCCCAACCUGGAUACCCACAUGGUCUGCUCCAUCGGUGAAGACAGCUAUCUUGCUACUGCCAAGGGCCCUCUCGCUACGUCGCAGACUUUCCAAGAGCAUGGCAUCGGCUUUCCUGGCCAUGUCAUCAUCACACCCCUUGCGCACACGCCGACUGUUUACCACUCCGGCGUCGAGAGCUACGCUCCUGAAGAGGCAGAGAAAACCCACAAGGAGAUGACUCGUUUCCGCGAGGCACUUCAGGCCAUGGUUUCAACCAAGUCCAGCCACAAGCUCGGUGCCAUAACGUGGGAGAUCAGCCGCGGCCGUAACAUCCACGCUCACUGGCAGUUUCAUCCAGUCCCAGCCGACUUCGUCUACAAAGGACUUGUCGAGGCCGGUUUCCGUGUCGAGGCCGAGAAUCUCAAGUAUCCAGACUUUGAGAACCGCGAACUUUCUUACGAUGAGCAAGCCGACAUUGGCGACUACUUUCGCAUCUGGAUCUGGGCCGACGACGGCGAGGACAGGAUUAAGGGUUCCAGUCUCGUGAUGAAGCUCGAUCCCAACAUGCGUUUCGACCUGCAGUACCCGCGCAAGGUCGUUGCUAAGCUUCUCGGUCUCGAGAAGCGUUUCGUUUGGCAAGAUUGCGUGCAGACGAAGGAGGAGGAGGAGAGAGACGUGGCGGCCCUUCGCGAGGCUUUCAAGGAGUGGGAAUUUGCGUGA